ACUAGGAAAAAGAACGACAGAAGCUGCUGCUGCUGCUGCUUCUUCUUCUUCUUCUUCUUCUCCUUCUCCUUCUCCAUUACAGGCGCUUCGGGGCUGAUUCCUUCUCUGUCUUCGAUUUCCUGCUAUUUCUCUCUCCAUUGAGUUGCAGGUCUUUUAGUACAUUUGGAACCAAAGCUUCUUGGACAAACCAUGGCCAAGCAUCAUCCUGAUUUAAUUAUGUGCAGGAAGCAGCCAGGCAUUGCUAUUGGACGAUUGUGUGAGAAAUGUGAUGGAAAGUGUGUAAUCUGUGAUUCCUAUGUGCGUCCCUGCACGCUUGUGCGAGUUUGUGAUGAAUGCAACUAUGGAUCAUUCCAGGGUCGGUGUGUCAUCUGCGGAGGAGUUGGAAUCUCCGAUGCCUACUACUGCAAAGAGUGUACGCAGCAGGAGAAGGAUAGGGAUGGUUGUCCUAAGAUUGUCAAUUUAGGGAGUGCUAAAACAGAUCUGUUUUAUGAACGUAAGAAAUAUGGUUUCAAGAAACGAUGAUGGGUUUUUCUUUUUUCAUUACUGUUGUCUAUUUGUCUCCAUGUAGCAUACAUGGAGAUGGCGCUAGAAGUACGUUAGAAAAUUUUCAGUAUUGAAUUUGUAUGUGGAAAGAAAACUGGACUAUUAUUACCGAGAAUGCCGUUGCAGAAAACUUAAAAAUCUUGAAAUUAGAUCAA